AUGGAGUCGCGAUUUAAUACCAACCAAUCCGUCUGCAAGUUCCUCGGACUGUUUUACUUUUUGCUAACAUUAAUAUUUUUACAACGAUCAAAUAUAUCGUGGGGAACGCAAUUUAAGCGAAUUCCGAAUACUGAUUUAUCGCAAAAAAGUUCGACCACGCCGAAACGACAGCUAUAUUUUUUAAAAACCUCCAAGUGCCAGAUCCCCUAUGUGGAUCCGUUCAACGACGAUGUGAUGAAAAUAUACAAGCCGCAAACAUUGGUCACCUGCUCAAAUCAGAGCGAUCUUAUAACAACUUCGUAUAACAAAAACAUUAAUCGACAUUUUUUGCACAUUGACGAAAAAGUAGCUCUGAAUUUGCUCAACUUCACCGACGCGGAAUAUAAUUGCUUUUACCGGGAAAUCAAAUACGGGAAUAAAGCAGAUACCUAUGACAAUCUGAAGGAGAAAAAGUACUUUACCGAUGGAUAUGAGGUGCCUCAGCAUGUGGAGGGGAUGAUCGUGGAGUGCCAGUCGGCUGAGGAUCCAAAUGUGGUCCUCCAAAAAGAUGCAUUUGUUUUCGUUCAAUAUCGGCCGCUGUCCAAGGACCUUAUAAAGGCGAAGGGCACUAGAAAACCAAGUGUCAUAAUGUACGGCAUCGACUCGCUUUCGCGAAUUAAUUUACGACGCACCAUGCCCAAGGUCUUUAAGUUCCUACAAGGACCUGGGUGGUACGAGAUGCAGGGAUACAAUAAGGUGGCCGACAAUUCAUUUCCCAACAUUCUUGCUAUACUUAGUGGAUACUCGGCUGAGACGGCCAAGGAACAGGUGUGUGAUACUGACAAAAAGGGCUGCUUGGAUGAAAUGCCGAUGAUAUGGAAGUACUUCAAGAACGCUAGCUACUUGACGGGAUAUGCAGAGGACGAGAGUGCUUCGAAUCAUUUCAACUACUUAAAGCCCGGCUUCACCAAAAAGCCCAUGGACUUCUACUUCCGCCCAAUUCUGCGGGCUCUGGAGACCCAGCUGGAUGUGUAUCGAUUGCCGGAACAUGAUUACAUGCGAUAUUGCCUGGGUCGGAGGAUGGCGAAUCGAUAUAUAUACGACUAUGGCCGGCAGUUUACACACCGCUUUGUCCACGAACGACCCAUUUGGGGAAUGUUCUGGUCGAAUCAUUUCAGUCACGAUGAUCCCUUUAUGCCUUCGGCCAUGCAGGAAAAGGUUCUCGGGGAUCUGCUCGAAUUUCAACAAGAAGGGGACUUUGAGGAAAUGAUUAUGAUAUUCUUUGCCGAUCACGGUACCAGAUUUGGCGAAUUAACAGAACUGAAGGAUGGAUUCCUGGAGGAGCGUCUUCCCAUGAUGUUUAUUUAUCUGCCUUCCUGGUUUCGUGAGACAUAUCCCUCUUACGAAAAGGCACUCGAACUAAAUAAGCACAGGUUAUGUUCCAACUUUGAUCUGCACAAUACACUGAAACACAUCAUCGAGAUUGGGGGUACCCCAGAUGGGCCAAAACUACCCAAGUCCUUCGACUGUCCCACCUGCCAGUCGCUUUUUUAUCCCCUACCAGAGGAUCGCACAUGCUCGCAGGCGGGCAUCGAGGAGCACUGGUGCACCUGCGAACCCUAUAGGCCCAUCACAGGACUCAGGUGGACAACGCCCAUUGCCCAUGCUGUGAUCGAUCGGAUGAACGAGUAUUUUGUUCAUAAGAAUCUCAGCCAGUUUUGCAGCAAUCUGACGCUAAGCUAUAUCCACAAGACUGAGAUCAAAAUGGGUCUGAAUAUCAACUGGUCCGAAGAACUAAAGGAGCAGGAGACCGCCGUAUAUCGUAUCAAGUUCAAGGUAAAUCAAAAUAGUGCUGAUUUCCAGGCCACCGUGGUCUAUAAUAAUGUCACCCAGAAAGCUGAAGUGAAUGUGGAGAAUAUUAGCAGAACAAACUCUUACAAGGACGACUCUACCUGCAUCGAUGACAAGCUUAGCAAACUGUAUUGCAUUUGCUUUAAGGACCUCAAGUCCUAACCAUUUCUUAAAGAAACUUCAGUUUAAAACAAAUCUUAGUAAAACUAUGUACCUUAACGUGUUAUAUUCUUAUAUUGCUUUGAAUAAUGAUUAAUUUAGUGGUAAGAAACAUCGAAAAUGUUCACCAAAACAAAAAAUACAAGUUGUUAUAUAACCAACCGCUUGCCACGAAAUGGGCGUACUUUGUUGAUAAGCAAUAAUUCAAUUAUAUUACUUUGUCGUUGUAAAGCAUUAUUUUGGCACGAGCUAGAAAUCA